UCCAAUUCGGCCAGAUCGCUGUUGGCAACUCUUGCGCCAGUCGCAAUAUACGCCCUCGUGUGGUUCAUCCUCUUCAUUCUUUUACGGACACGAUUCCCGCGAUACUACCAACCCCGGUCAUUCGUGAACAGUCUACACGACGAACAUCGAAGUCCCAAGCUCAAAGAUGGCCUCUUCGCCUGGGUCACGCAAUUCUGGGCCAUUCCGGACUCCUACGUUCUCAACCACCACUCUCUCGACGGUUAUCUCUUCUUGCGAUUCCUCAAAAUCUGCAUCGUGUGCUGCUUGGUGGGAUGUGCCAUUACCUGGCCUGUCUUGUUCCCGGUCAACAUCACCGGUGGAGGUGGACUGAAGCAGCUUGAUAUGCUGACCAUGGCCAACGUUACCGACAACUACUACAAGAUGUUCGCCCACGCGGGAUGUGCUAUGCUCUACUUCAGCUUCAUCAUCUACAUGAUCACUCGCGAGUGCAUCUACUACAUCAACCUGCGCCAGGCAUAUCUCAUGUCUCCACUCUACGCCAGUCGGAUCUCCUCCCGCACGGUCCUGUUCACUUCAGUUCCGGAGGACUACAUGUCGGAAUCGAAGCUGCGCCGCAUGCUCGAUCCUGGUGUCCGACAUGUGUGGAUGGCCACGGAUUGCAAGAAGCUAGAGGAAAAGGUCGAGGAGCGGAACAAGACGGCGAUCAAGUUGGAGACUGCAGAGACCAAGCUCAUCAAGACUGCAACCGCCAACAAGCUAAAGGCGGACAAGAAGGGAGGUCGUACCAACUCGGACGAAGCCGCGAUCGGCGAUGAUGGUGCUGCGGCGCAAUACGUGCAACAGAAGGACCGCCCAACCCACAAGCUCAAGUUGCUCGUCGGUAAAAAAGUGGACACCAUCGACUGGUGCCGCGCCGAGCUUCAAAAGUUGGUUCCGGAAGUCGAGAGAGGUCAAGCCGCGCACAGAAAUGGAGAGGGCAAGAAGCUCAACUCCGUCUUCGUACAAUUCGAAACGCUGGCCCAAGCACAGGCUGCAUACCAAAGUCUGGCUCACCACCAAGUUCUCCAGAUGGCCCCUCGAUUCGUUGGAAUGUCGCCUGAAGAAGUCAUCUGGUCCAAUCUCCGCAUCCAAUGGUGGGAACGAGUGAUCCGCCAAAUUCUCACCAUCACCUUCGUGGUGGCUCUCGUCAUCUUCUGGUCCAUUCCUGUUGCCAUCGUCGGAGCCAUCUCGAACAUCAACUACCUGAUCUGCCAACUGCCCUGGCUGAGCUUCCUCAACGAUAUCCCUGAUGUUAUCAUGGGAGUAGUCACCGGUCUUCUGCCUGUCAUCCUCCUGGCUGUGCUCAUGGCUCUGCUACCCAUCAUUCUCCGCUUGAUGGCCCGGAUCGGUGGCGCGCCGACGCUCAGUGCCGUCGAGUUGACUGUGCAGAACAGCUACUUUGCCUUCCAGAUCGUGCAAGUCUUCCUCGUGGCGACUCUCGGAUCUGCCGCGUCGGCGUCGAUUUCUAAGGUUGUCGAGGAUCCGAUGAGUGUCACAUCUCUCCUGGCAAGCUCAAUCCCAUUGGCCUCGAAUUUCUACAUCAGCUACUUCAUCCUCCAGGGUCUUGGAGUCGUGUCCGGCCUCAUGCUCGGAUUGGUCGGUCUGGUCAUCUUCACGCUCAUGGGCAAGUUCCUCGACACCACACCACGCAAGAUGUACAAUCGCUGGAUUAACCUCUCUGGUCUUGGCUGGGGUACGCUUUUCCCGAUCUACACCAACUUGUUCGUCAUCGCCAUCUGCUAUGCUGUUGUCGCGCCUUUGGUCCUCGGGUUCGCGGCGGUGGGAUUGUUCCUGUUCUACUUUGCGUACCGCUACAAUCUCCUGUUCGUGUCGAAUGUCGCCGUCGAUACAAAGGGUCUGGUCUACCCGCGCGCUCUCGGACAUUUGUUCAUCGGUCUUUACGUUGCAGAAGUGUGCCUGAUCGGCCUCUUCGCAAUCGCUACCGGUUCCAGCAUCGGCGCUCUCGGUCCCAUGAUCAUGAUGAUUAUCUUCCUCAUCUUUACCGCUCUUUACCACAUCUCUCUCAACUCUGCCAUGGCUCCUCUCCUCCACUACCUCCCAAAAUCUCUCGACGCCGAAGAACGCCGUCUCCUCGAAAUCGAUUCCGGCGCAACGUCCGAAGGCGACCAGUACGCCGGUAAGGAAGCUCGCACCGCCACCAACGACGCCGCUUCCGACGGUCCGGCACCGCACAAGAAACCCAACUUCUUCGUCAAGUGGUUGCGCCCUGACAUUUACACUGACUAUGCCACCAUGAGGAGAUUGGUGCCGAAGGAGAUUGGAAUCCACUACACGCCGCAAGCCGAGGCGACGGCGUUUUACAACCCUGCUAUCACAGCGGAGGUGCCGUUAUUGUGGAUUCCGAGGGAUGCGUUGGGGGUGAGUCGGAGGGAAGUAAAGGAGACGGGCAAGGUGGUGCCGAUUACGGAUGAGGGUGCGAGUUUGGAUGAAGAGGGGAAAAUUGUGUGGGAUCGGGAUGGUGGUAGACCGCCGAUUUGGGAGGAGAAGGUCUAUUAUUAA